CAGUCAUCCCCCGAGUGUUUACUUUCGUCGGUAUCCGAGUCAUCCAUCGACGGCCAUCCGCCCGGAGAAAAGAGUGUUUGUGUGUGCGGGCGGUGGAGAGAAAAAAAACGCCAAACGCCAAAGGGAGUUGGCAGCGGCGGUUGACACGCUGCAAGUAUUGCGUUAUUCAGUACUCAGCACAUCGAUAACGCGCAUUUCAUUUCGUUUACUUUGUGUGCGACUACGUGUUACAUUUUAAGUGAGCCACCAUGGGGAACAUGUUUACAAACUUAUUUAAGGGCCUAUUCGGCAAGAAAGAGAUGAGAAUACUGAUGGUUGGUUUGGAUGCUGCUGGUAAAACUACGAUUUUAUACAAACUUAAACUAGGUGAAAUUGUAACCACUAUUCCUACUAUUGGAUUUAAUGUUGAAACUGUAGAAUAUAAGAACAUAAGCUUUACCGUCUGGGAUGUCGGCGGUCAGGACAAAAUUAGGCCGUUAUGGAGACAUUACUUCCAGAACACACAGGGAUUAAUCUUCGUGGUGGACAGCAACGAUAGGGAGCGAAUCGGCGAGGCGAAAGAUGAACUGAUGCGUAUGCUCGCCGAAGAUGAGCUGCGAGAUGCAGUGCUGCUCAUCUUCGCCAACAAGCAGGACCUGCCGAACGCAAUGAACGCCGCCGAGAUCACCGACAAGCUGGGCCUGCACUCGCUGCGGAAUCGCAACUGGUACAUUCAGGCCACGUGCGCGACGAGCGGCGACGGCCUCUACGAGGGCCUCGACUGGCUCUCCAACCAGCUGAAGAACGCCAACCGUUAAGUGCAAGUGAUUUCUAAUCUAAAUACCACACAUGCUCCCCCAAUUCCUAUCUUGACUCCUCCAGUCUCUCCUCUAUCUUGACCAUCAAGUACUACCCACCCGAUCCGCCACCCCUCAAUUUAUAUAUUUACUAUUACAUUAUUAUUAUAUCACACACACACAUACUACACGCAGAAACAUGCGACGAGAAAAACAACCCUCCUCUCUCUCUCUCCUUUUCGGUUAUCUAUUGGUACGGUGACGAAGUCAACACCAUUCCGAGAUUAACCGCCAACACACAAAUGGAUUUAGCCGAUGGACAGAAACUUAAAACAUCAAGAAACAAUAUUUGGUUUUCUGGCAUCAACGAGUGUCAUUCUUGCAUCAGACAACAUUGUAUAAUUAUAUACGUUUAAAUAAUUAUACUAUUAAUUAUAAAUGAAAAUUACACCUAAUGUAAAUUAAUGUAUAACGGUUCUUCUAAUUUGUUUGUUCUUUGUGCUGUUUUUUUUUGAUUUUGAAAUUGUUUGUAACGCGCAUAUGCCUUUUCGAUACACACACGCAUAAUAUUGUAUUAUUUAUAUAUAUAUUUGAAGAUGAUUUAACGAAGCGAAGGGAAACGUAGCGAGAAAAAAAACGAGAUUCAAUUGAUAAAUACAUUUUUAGUUGUACAAGAAGAUUUGCAAACACAUGACACACCAAUCACAACUUAUAACCCAAUGCAUUGUAGUUUGAGGUUAUAAUGUUUAACAUGUGGCGCCAUCUGUUGGGGGGAGGGGCUUGUGUGGCGUGCGUUGGCAUUCAACGAAGGCGAUGUUUGUCUCAUUGUUAAAUAUUACAAGCGGAAAACAAGCAACAACACACAGCAUACUUACAAACCGAAAAACGGAAAACAUUGAAUUUGUAGCAUAUGGUAUAUAUGUACGUGCGUAACAUGCAUUAUUUUCUUUUUUUUGUUUUUUGAUAAUUUGAUCCACUUCACUUCAAUUCGGUUUUGCGUCAGUUUGAUGAGGAGUCGUGGUGGCUGAUGAUAUUUUUUUUUGUAUUUGGACAUGAAACUACUUGAGUAACUUUUUGAUCGAUCGAUGGAAGUAUUUAUAAUGCAAUUUUAUUUAAAAAGCGAUGUUGGCGUGCAGCGUGCGAUGCGAGAGGCAACAUCUUGGAUUAUCUUAUUUUUCAUAGACUAAUAGAUAAGUUCUUUAUUAUGAUUUUUUGUUUAUAUAAGUAAUGUAUAAGUAAAGUUUCAAAGAAAAGGAAAAACAAUGGUUUAUAAAGUUUAGGCUUUCGAUGAAAUGAAAUUUGAAGCGAGCGCAUAUGUAAUUUGAUCACAUUCCCUCUUUUUACUUAAAGAAAAAAAACGAAAGAUAAACUAAAAAUAAAUACUGAAUUAAUGAAUGGAUAUAUUGAGACAAAAAAUAUGUAAUAAAUGAAUUUGUGAAA